AUUAACGUAAUUAAUAUUCAUGAGAGCGUUCGCUGCUGCGUUCAACGUCUCGUCGCAAGCGCAUGCUGUCUACAAACCAAGAUAAUGUUUAUUUUUUUUAGUUAUAUAAAACGUCAUGUGAUGUGUUAUAAUCUCCAGCAUGUAAUACUACAAUCUGAGCGCAAAAAGGAGACGUUUUACACGUCAAGAAACGAGAUAUUGUGAUCGACAGCUGCGUAGUUUCACUUUCGUUUAACGUUACCUAUCUGAUUUCGCGCGCAGGUUCGUUUGAAACUUUUAUUCGUUUGAACAUUAGUGUUUUUCUCUCUUUUAGUCGUCUAAAUAUCGUAAGCAGUGCUCAUGUGUGUUAUUGAUAACCAAUUGGCAAGCGUACAUAUCCAAAAGAAACAGUCAGAGAGCUGAUAUUAAACUUCAUCAUGCUCUUCUCCCAGUCUAACUGCCUUAGAUUUGCCAUUUUAUUCUGUGUCCUUUUUACUGGCAACCAUGGGAUGACUGUCAACACGGACUCAAAUGUGUUGCCUUUUCCCUGGGACAAGAUGAGAUUGCCAGAAACAGUGAAACCCCAGCACUAUGAUCUCCUGAUACACCCCAACCUGACCUCGCUGACCUUCACUGGUGUUGUCCAGAUCCUCAUAGAGGUAGAGCAGGACACCAGAGCCAUCAUCCUCCACAGCAAGAACCUUAAGAUCUCCAAAGCUCAGCUUUUAGAGUCCAGACAUCAUUGGGAUCUUCAGAUCAGUGAGUUUGAAGCCAAUGAACAGAUUGCACUCUUCGCUGAUGGCUUCACAUUUGAGAAAGGAAACCAUUUGGUGCAUUUGGAGUUCUACGCCAACUUAUCUGAUAGUUAUCAUGGCUUUUAUAAAGGCAGAUACACCACAAACAGUGGAGAGGUCAGGAUGUUGGCGUCCACUCAGUUUGAGGCGACACAUGCUCGAGCCGCCUUCCCUUGUUUUGAUGAACCUGCAUUCAAAGCCAACUUUACCAUCCGUGUGCGAAGAGAAUCAAGGCACAUUUCCAUAUCCAACAUGCCCAAGCUGAGAACUGUACAACUGGCUGACGGGCUACUGGAGGAUCAAUUCGACACGACGGUGAAGAUGAGCACCUACCUGGUGGCCUUCAUCAUCUGUGAUUUCCACUCCAUCAGUAAAAAAAGUCAGCAUGGAGUUGAGAUAUCGGUGUAUACGGUUCCCGAGAAGAUCAGUCAGGCGGAAUAUGCUCUGAACACCGCCGUCACACUGCUAGACUUCUAUGAUGAAUAUUUUGACAUCCCGUAUCCACUUCCCAAACACGGUGAGUGUGAAAGUUCUUCUGUUGACAAUGGCAUGCAUACUUUACAAUCUGGCUUGAAAUCAUGCGAAAAUGGCUAUAAUUGUCUUUUACUUGCAGAUCUUGCUGCCAUCCCAGAUUUCCAAUCCGGUGCUAUGGAGAAUUGGGGUCUGUCGACGUACAGAGAGUCUGGUUUGCUCUUUGACCCUGAGAAAUCCUCUUCCUCUGAUAAACUGGGCAUCACUAAAGUCAUCGCCCAUGAACUAGCACAUCAGUGGUUCGGAAACCUGGUGACAAUGCAGUGGUGGAAUGACCUGUGGCUAAACGAGGGCUUCGCCAAGUUCAUGGAGUAUGUGUCUGUCAACAUCACCCACCCUGAGCUGCAAGUGGAUGAUUAUUUCCUGGAGAAGUGCUUCACCGCCAUGUCAGUGGACUCUUUAAGCUCCUCACACCCCAUUUCCACCCCAGUGGAGAAUCCUGCGGAAAUCAGCGAGAUGUUUGAUGAUGUUUCCUACCGGAAGGGAGCGUGUAUCUUGAACAUGCUGAGGGAUUUCCUGACCCCGGAGGCUUUCAAGUACGGUCUUAUAGACUACCUGAAGAGACACAGCUACCAGAACACCGUGAACGCUCAUCUCUGGGAAAGUCUUACCAAUAUCUGCACUUCUGAUGGACUGGAUUCAGGGAGACUAAAACUCGAUGGAUUCUGUUCCAAAAAAAGGGCUGAAUCUCCAGCUUCUAAAUGGUUCAUGGAGGACAGUGUUGACGUUGGAGCCAUCAUGGACACCUGGACGCUGCAGGAGGGGUUUCCUUUAGUCACUGUAGAGGUCAGAGGUCAAGAGGUCAUUCUCAAACAGGAGCGCUAUCUUAAAGGAGAAAAAUCUUCAACGAAUUCAAGUACGUCGAGCUUCCUGUGGCAGGUCCCUCUGACUUACAUCACCAGUCACAGUAGCGCAGUGCAGCGAUUCUUGCUGAAAAGUGAAAAAGAUGUGUUGUACCUGUCUGAGAAGGUGGAGUGGAUUAAAUUCAAUGUGGACCUGCGGGGGUAUUAUAUUGUCCACUAUGAGUCUGGAGGCUGGGACGCUUUGAUCAGUCAACUCCAGCAGGAUCACACAGUGUUCAGCAGCAACGACAGGGCCAGUCUCAUCCACGACAUCUUUCAGCUGGUCAGCAUAGAGAAAGUCCCACUGGAUAAAGCUCUGGAUUUGAGCUUGUACCUCAGUAAAGAGUCGGCGAUCAUGCCGGUGACGCAGGGAUUCAAUGAGCUGGUGCCGCUUUACAAACUCAUGGAGAAGAGAAACAUGGAGGAACUGGAGAACCAGCUGAAGGGUCAUUUAGUGAAGUUAUUCAAGAACCUGAUUGACCGUCAGCGCUGGUCUGAUGAUGGGUCUGUAUCCGAGCGGAUGCUCAGGAAUUACCUGCUGUUGUUUGCCUGUGUCCGCCGUUACCCAUCCUGCAUCAGCACCGCCACUGAACUCUUCCAGAAGUGGAAAGAAUCUGAUGGCAAAAUGCUGCUGCCUACUGACGUGAGUUUGGUGGUCUACACUGAAGGAGCGCGCACAGAUGAAGGUUGGGACUUCCUGUUGGAGAAAUACAAGCGUUCCACCUCACCAUCGGAGAAGUGGAUGAUUAAAGCCGCCCUCUCAUACACCCCAUUAACUCACAAACUUCAGUGGCUUUUGGAAAAAAGCAUUGAGGGAGAGAUCAUGAAAACUCAAGACCUGCCGUCACUGGUCGUCACUGUCAGCAAAAACCCAAAAGGCUUUAAACUCGCCUGGGAGUUCCUGAAGACCAACUGGGCGAAACUUGUGAAAAAGUUUGAUCUGGGUUCAUCUGCAAUAUCUCGCAUGACGGUUGGAGUGACUGAUCAGUAUUCCACCAGAGAAAUGCUUGAUGAGGUCCAGACAUUCUUCAGUUCACUAGCUCAGGAUCAGGGCUCUGGGCUCCGCAGCAUCCAACAGGCCCUGGAGAAAAUCCAGCAGAACAUCCUCUGGAUGGACAGGAACGUCCCACUACUGAAAGCCUGGCUGGACAGCCAGUCCAUGAUUGAGUCCUGACAAAUCCAGAGACAUAUGAAACUGUGUGUAACCCCAGACUGCACCUAGUUUCACCUUGGGUGCGGCUCUUUACAAGGACCUGAACACUGGAGCUUACUGGCUGAAGGACGUACCUUUGAAUCAGCUCUGAUAUCAUGAUGUUAAACAUGAACAUUUGAACUGGCUAACAAAACACGUCUAAAGAAGGUGUGAAAUGUUCUUGCAAAACAUCAUCUUAAAGGGAUAGUACACCCAAAAAUUAAAAUUCUGUCAUAAGUUGUUCCAAA